AUGAUUUCUGAAUGUUUCUAGCCAUCUAAUUUAUGCUUUCCAUUUAACCAAGAGGAAAGCUCUCAUUAAACAGAAUACCAUCUUCAAUCAACUUCUUCAUAAAAUGAAGGAAUCUUCAAAUCAAAGCAUUUUAGAUAGAGGAGAAAAACAAUUUAAUAUGGAUAGAAAGAUAGAAGCAGUGCAAUCUAUAAAUAUAUAAAGGAGAAACAAAAGGCAUUCCUUGAUUAUAAACCGAGAGCAUAAAUUUCUUAAUUUUCAGCUGAGGAAGACAGAAUAUUAAUUUUACUUGUAAAAAAGUUAGGACCCAAAUUCAACAAAAUAACAAGGUAUUUCUCAGGAAAAACAGUCAACAUGAUUAAAAACAGAUAUUAUAAAUCUCUUCGUCAUAUUGAAUCUUAAGAAAUUCCAAAAGAACUAGAGGAAGAGUUAUUUUCAAACAAAAAUGAAUAGAGAAUUAUUGGAAGUAAAAUACUAAACUUGUGGCCCUAACACAAAUAAAUGAGCUCUGUUAUAGAAGGUAGUCCUCUCUUUCCUGAAGCUAAAGAAAUAUUACAUACAUUUUUAUCCUCCUUUUAACAGUUAAUUAGCAAUUGCAAAAAGUGA